ACGACUUGAGCAGACGUGUGGGUGUUUUUUCGCGGACAAUUUUCUAGGAUUUUAGCGCGCCUUUAUUAAAGAGUAACCAAGCUUAUAUAAAAAAAUACAGCAAGGACAAGUGUUGUAUUGCUAGCUUUUGGAUGUUUUUUAUAUAACAGCUGCAAAUUUGUACGGCGGUCUUAUUGAAAACAAUUAAAUACGCACAAUAAAAACAAUUAAAACUAAUUGCAAGUGAAAAAUAAGAGUAGAGACUUGCACUUGUUUUGCGUGAGCGUAACCUGUCUUUGUGUUCAAGCAUAAAGUGUGUAUUUGCCUGCGUCGGUGUGUGUGUGUGUGUAUCCUUAACUGCCCCCGCACAACUGUCCUUUGCCUUUGCCGCGCUCUCACAAUCAGGGUGUGGUAUUGAAAAUUCCAGCACAGCAACAAAGCAAGCGACAUUUAAUUUAAAGCCAUGUCGGUCUCCUCGAACGCCUCGUCUGCUUCGCACAAUGAUAGUGUGGAUGAGAGCAUAACAACAACAGCAACCACAGCAACAACAACGGACAGCUCCGAGUUGACGCAUAUUCUAAACAGGCGUCAGGAGAUAAUGGAGUCCCUGGAGGCGGGCGUAGAGCCGGUGCGCAAUUUCAAGGUGGUCAAUGUCUACACCGAAUUCCAUGAGUUCUCACGCAAGCAAAUCAAGGAAUACCAAAAGACCUUCAACACCUAUGAUACGGCACGUGAUGGUUUCUUGGAUCUGAAUGAGCUCAAGUUCAUGAUGGAAAAACUGGGCGCACCGCAAACACAUUUGGGCCUAAAGAAAAUGAUUGCCGAGGUGGACGAGGAUCAUGAUGGCAAAAUCUCGUUUCGCGAAUUCUUGUUGAUUUAUCGCAAGGCUGGCGCUGGUGAGCUGGACAGCGAGUCGGGACUUAAUCAGCUGGCGCGUCUUACUGAAAUCGAUGUGGAACAAGUGGGCGUCAGCGGUGCCAAGAACUUCUUCGAGGCCAAGAUUGAGCAGCAGCUGCGCACAAAUAAAUUUCACGAUGAGAUCAGGCAGGAGCAGGAGGAGCGACGUCGCGAGGAAGAGGAGCGUGCCCAGCGACGUUUACAAUUUCAGCAGCGUGCUGCUAUCUUUCAAUAGAUUGCGUUUAAAUUGGAUAUCAGCAAUUUUUUCUAAUAUAAAUUAAGCAAUUGUAGUCUAGCACACAUUGUCGGGGCAAAAGUUAAGCAGGACUUUCACACAUAUACUACAUAGCUACACACACACACACACAUACAUACAUAAUAUAUAUAUAAUCGCAUGACACUUGCAUAAUUACAUGCUAAUCAUUCAUACAAUAUCUAACAUGCAUUAACUACAGUAAUAACAAACAUACCAAAAGCAUUAAUUUUAGUUUAAAUUUAAGCGACCUUAUGUUAUGUUUUACAAA